GUUUGGCCCUUUUUUUGUUGCGACCGCCGCGGACAGACAGAGGCAAGUGGACCCGGGGUUUGAAAGCUAAGCUAAUCCACUCACGGUUACUUUAAAGGUUUUGCAGCGGUCACAUUUGCAGCUCACACCUGUGUCUGCUUUUGGAAAAAAAUCAGAGCUACCUGUGAGUACGUUAGCCGCCGGGCUAAGACGCUGAAGCGGGUUUUUAUUCCGGGUAAACCGCUUUCUGUCCUGCUAGCUUCUUCUGGAGUGAAACAUGGCUGAAUUUCUCGAAGAUCCGUCGGUGCUCACGAAGGAUAAGCUGAAGAAUGAGCUCGCAGCCAACAACGUGCCGCUUCCCAGCGGAGAGCACAAGAAAGAAGUGUACGUGCAGCUGUAUCUGAAGAACUUGACCGUGCUCAACAACAAGAAGAGCCCACCUAUAGACGCCUUCUCCAGCGACGAGGAGUUACCGGCCCCCGUGGUGUCCAACAAAAGUCGAUCUGGAAGAAAAGCUACUAAAAAGACAGACAAGCCUCGCACAGAGGAAGUGGAGGUGACAGAUCUCACUGAUGAAGAUUUGAAACAACAGCUGGCAAAACAUGGUGUGGACACGGGGCCCAUUGUUGCCACCACCCGUAGAGUGUAUGAGAAGAAGCUGCAGAAGCUUUUGGACCAGCCUCCAGCUGAGCCUGAAGCUCCAACAGAAGUCACAGCUCUCCCCAAGGUAGACAGUAACCAGAACGGCAACACAAAUUCUGACCAGUACAGCGACAAGGAGGACGAGGAGAUCCCUGCCCCAGAACCAGAACCACUCCCAGUCCCUGUGGUAGAGAAGCCUGUGAGGAGCAGAGGGAAAACCCCAGUUACCGUCAGAACCAGCAGUAGACGACAAACCAAGGUGGUGGAGGAAAUUAUCACUGAAGAAACGCCUAAGAAGGCCAGCGAGAGCGUUGUCGAAGAUAUCCUUGCCAAUGAAAUAAGCACGCCAACAGGCAUCAGUGCUACCUGCAGGCGUCCGAUCCGAGGUGCAGCAGGUCGACCUCUAAAACCAAGUGACUACUGGAUGGAUGAGUCCCGUGUGCAGCGCACUAUCCACACAGAGAGCCGCACUUACUCCGAGUCUUUCUCCAGAGGCGGCAGCACCGUUUCUUCUAGCAAAGCGCCAGCCCGACGAGGCUUCCUGUCCGUGUUGCUCAAGCUCCUGUUCCUCGCCGUGGUCGCCGUCUCUCUCUACUAUGCCUACCAGAACCUGGAUGCCGAUCAAAUCAACACCCUCAAAGGCCACCUGGACAGCGUCAUCGUCCCCCUUCAGGGCGCCGUGAACAACGUAGCCACCUACCUGGGCAUGGGAAGCAGCGGCGCUACAGAGGCCGCCGGCAAGUAAAGACCCUCAGCAGUCUUUUUGUCAUGCCCACGCCACCUCCCUGCCACAGCACACCACAACUUAAGCAGUAAACUUGGCUCACCUCUUCUUUUUACAUACAUGGUUGGACAAAGGACACAGAUCUAAUUGGAACGAUAAACUUUCUCCUCUCCAGACGCCAGCUUUCCUCCCGCCCGCAAGAGGAAACGGGUAGCUUCUGGAUAACACUGUUAUGUGGCAGUCAGAAGAGACUCAUUUUAAUGUUGAUUUUUAAUCUGUGAAUUGUUUUGUGUCUUUGUGCGUAUUUAACCCUUGUAUGUAGAAACGAGUGCAGAGUGGAGAGGCCAAGUUAUCCAUGCAUGGUUGUAGUUUUUGAAGGUCAUACUGUAGUUUUCUAACUCUCUGUGCCAGGUGUUUUUCUGACGGUGAAGUGCCUGGACACUGUUAGCACUUAGUGCCCUCCCAUUUUAAAAAGCACAAAGCAGUGCUACUACUACUAAUACCAGAUUGUCUACGUGUUUCUGUAUGGAUUUACAACAAUUUGCUCUGUAGCUAUAGAAUUAGAGUUAGAGUGAUUCAUUAUUUCUAUGGUGCUCAGGUCGAUUCAGCUCAAACUUUUUUCAUGUGGUCCGUGCUGGGAGGAGUCACGUGGUGUAAUCAGGUCGCGUCACUGCAUGAGGAAAAUCCGCCCGCGUUCAGGUCGAGGUAUAAAACGUUUUUGUUUUUAUUUUUCAGCGGCUGAUCACUGCUUGAAUCAUUGUAUACAGGGCUCUAUAAUUAUGAGUAAAAUUCUGGUCACUCUGCAUUGUAAUAUUUUUUUUUUUACUGUCAGUGAAUUGAGGAAGGCUUAAGAUUUACUGUACUUUUAAGAUCUUUUAAUCAGAAUCUUCAUCAAUUUACAUACAGAAAUGUAAACAACAGCUUGUCUAUUUGAUAUAAAAUGGCAGUGUUUGGUCAUAGAUUAUUAAUUUUCCAGCCCUGUCAGUGUGCCCAUUUGAGUUUACAUGCUUUGGGUUUUAGUGUUUUUUUGUUUUUUUGUGCUUUUCUUUCUUUUCUUUUUUUUAAAAAAACUUAGAUUUCUGAUCCUUCAGUCCUAAUAUGCAGGAUUGGCUGUUGCAGUGCACCCACAUAGCCCACCUCACUGACUGCAUGUGUCCAGACAUGGAAGAUCUGCAAAGAAGACACAAAACAAGUUAAUCCUUUUUGGGGGGGGACAGUCAAUUAAUGUAGCCUGUGCAAAUUACCAAAACGAAGACACAGUUGUUUUUUUUUGUGAAUGGGGUUGUUUACCUGCUGGAUUCACUGGAGGUGAUGUUGGAAGGUUACUGGGGCAUUUUUUGUUUCUAUUUUGAUAUUUUUCUAAAGUGGUGUGUCAACUUUUUAUAGCACAUUUUAAAAAAGGUAACAUUUGAAAAGCAAUAUGUUGAAAACUGUAUCUUAAUCUGAAUUAAGUGAUUUUUAUCAUCAGGCAGCUCUCCCGCAAAGGACAAAUGACAGGGGUUAUGUGGGUAAGGAUUUUUAAUCUGUUUAUUUAUGAUCAUGUAGGCAGUGUAUCAUAAAAUAAACUUUGUUGUUACCAGA